AUGUCUGACCACGAAGAAAUCAUCGACACCCAGGAAGUUGAGGUUGUUGCCGAGGCCACCAAGGGACAAAUGUCCGUUGAAGAAGCUCUCCAGGAAGUUUUGCGUCGUGCCUUGGUUCACGAUGGUCUUGCUCGUGGUUUGAAGGAAGCCGUCAAGGCUUUGGACAGACGCCAGGCUCAUUUGGCCGUUCUCUGCGAAUCCUGCACUGAGGGCGAAUACGUCAAGUUGGUCGAAGCUCUUUGCGCCGAACACAACAUUAACUUGAUCAAGGUCUCUGACGCCAAGAAGCUCGGUGAAUGGGCCGGUCUUUGCAAGAUUGACCGUGACGGCAAUGCCCGCAAGGUCGUUGGUUGCUCUUGUGUCGCCGUCACCGAUUUCGGUGAGGAAUCCGAGGCCAUGAACGUUCUUUUGGACUACUUCAAGACCCGUUAA